AUGGAGGCUGUACGCGGGCUUAUCUUAUUGAAACAUAAACAAGCACGAAGUGGCCCAAAGAAUUUGACGACAGAACACGAUCAAGACCUCCGAGCUUCCAACAUGAUCAAGACUUUCAAGACUUCCAACAUGAGCAAGACUCCAGACACUUUGAAGACUCAAGACCUCGACGGUCACACACGGCGUCCCGACGUUGGUAACGAUGGCGAUGGCGGAGGCGGAGGUGAUGGCGUCGGUGGUGGUAGCGUCGGCGGAGGUAGCGUCGGUGGUGGUAGCGACGGUGGUGGUGGUGGUGGUGGUGGUGAUGAUAGUGUUGGUGGUGGUAGUGGAGUGGUGGGGUUGGUGGUGAUGGUGGUGGUGGAGGUUGGCGGAGGUUGA